AUGUCUCCGCAACCCGGAUCCACUAUGUCAUCUCAACUGGAUCGUCCAGCAAAAUUUGGACGUGUUGCAGCCGAGGCGGACGAUGACCCUGCUUCAGUUGAAGAUGCGCUCCUCAGGAUGAAGACAAACAGACUUCUUGAAUAUAACCAACCUGUCUACAUUGCACCGAUGGCUAAGCCCAACCUACAAGCACUAGACAACAGCGCGCUUCCUCUUAUGAACAUGGUCAGGGAGUUCUUAGCAGGCAACGGUCAAGUUUUGCUGAUUCUGGGCGACUCGGGAGCUGGAAAGUCGACGUUCAAUCGACAUCUGGAAAACAAACUGUGGACGAACUACGAGGUUGGGGGCCGCAUCCCGCUCUUCAUCAACCUCCCAGCCCACAAACAACCCGAUGAGGAUCUCGUUGCAAAGCAAUUGAGGACCGUCGACUUUUCAGAACGGCAUAUCUGGGAUCUAAAACAGUGUCGCCAGCUCUUAUUAAUCUGCGAUGGCUAUGAUGAGAGCCAGCUCACCUCCAACUUGCACACCACCAACCUCUUCAAUCGACCUGGGCAGUGGAACGUCAAGUUGAUCAUCACCUGCCGCACUCAGUACCUCGGUCCUGACUAUCGCGAUCGCUUUGCGCCUAAGGCGUCCGGUCAGUAUCACCGCACCGCCUACAAUCUCUUUCAAGAAGCCGUCAUCGCCCCCUUCUCCAAGGAACAGAUCGAGCUGUACGUUGAAAAGUUUGUCCCACUCAUACCUCGUACUUGGGUUAAGAAGGACUAUAUGGACAAGUUGGCAGCCAUCCCCAACCUCAUGGACCUGGUCAGGAACCCUUUCCUGUUGAUUCUUGCUCUGGAAGCACUCCCAUCCGUCGUCAAGAACAAUACCAGUCUCUCGAAUCUCCGCGUCACCCGUGUUGAGCUCUACGACACAUUUGUUCAUCAUUGGUUGGAGGCCAACAAGCGCCGCCUGCAAGAACAGACGUUCAAGGAUGACAAACAUGAGGCGCUGGAAGAUCUUCUUGCGGACGGGUUUGUGCAUCAUGGGAUUGUCUUUCAGAAGAAGCUGGCGUGGGCGAUCUUUCAGCAACAGGAGGGCCGACCUGUAGUCGAAUAUUCCAACAAGCGAGACAAGUCGUCGUGGAAAGCUAGCUUCUUUGGUCCUAAAACUGAGAGAUCCCUCCUCAGAGAUGCCAGUUUGUUGAGUCGCACCGGCAACCAGUACCGUUUCAUCCAUCGAUCCGUCUUAGAGUAUUUUUUCUCCUGUUUCGUCUGGGACACCUCCAGGGAUGAUGACGAGUUUGCUCCGCAUGUUUAUUCAGAAGCUACUGGUGUAUCUCUUCCUAUCACCGACCAUCCACUGUCCAAGAGGAGUCUUGUCCCGGAGCCAUCGGUCAUCCAGUUUCUCGCCGAGCGUGUGCAAAUGCAGCCCAUCUUCAAGCAAUACCUUCUCGCUCUCAUUGAGCUUUCCAAGUCGGAUCCUCUGGCUAGCAUGGCCGCAUCCAACGCCAUCACGAUCCUGGUGAGAGCUGGGAGACACUUCAAUGGGGCUGACCUUCGAGGCAUCCGCAUCCCAGGGGCCAAUCUCACAGGUGGGCAAUUCGACUCGGCGCAGUUUCAGGAUUCCGACCUAACAGGAAUAUACUUCGCCAAGGCUUGGAUCCGACAGGCGGAUUUCACCAGGGCACGGAUGGAAGAGACCCGGUUUGGAGAGCUUCCGAGUUUGCAGGAAGCGUGGGCGGUAGAGUCAUGUACAUUUUCCCCAGAUGGAAGGUCUUUUGCAACGGGCCUGAAAAACGGCAACAUUAAUAUCUACGACACAACCACCUGGACAAGGAUUCGGCUAUUUCAUGGUCAUGAAACAGCUGUUCAGAGCCUCGCCUAUUCAACAACCGGCCUUCCUCUUCUCUCUUACUGUUCCGAUGGUACGUUGCGACUGUGGGAUGGUGAGAUAGACAGGACUUAUCGUAUUCUGAGAGGAUAUUCUUGGAAGGUAACAGCUGUUGCGUUUUCACCCUCAGGCAUGCAGUUCGCCUCAGCCAGCGACGACAUGUCAGUGUCCCUAUGGGACACCCAAACAGGAACCGUCACCUUUGUCAUAGAAGAUUUUGGCGAUGUCACAGGGAUCGCCUAUUCACCAGACGGGAACAACAUUGUAUCCUGCUGCAUGGAUGGACAAGUCGGAGUAUUCGACACACGGACGGGCCUACUGGUGCAAGGUUCUGGAACGAGUGACGUGAGUUACCGCUGCCUUGGAUAUUCCCCUAACGGACAGUCGAUCGUCUCGGGUGAAGUCACCGGCGAACUGCAACUCUGGGAGGCGACCACCAUGAUACCGAGGAUCAAAUGGAGAGGACAUUCUAGACCAGUGACAAGCGUCGCGUUUUCACCGAACGGGCAAUGGAUUGUGUCUGGCAGUGGCGACAAAACGGUCAAGGUGUGGGGUGGAGAUUCACCCACACUUGUCUCUGUAUUCACAGGUCACACCCACGGCAUUACCUGUGUUGCAUUUUCCCCAGACAGCUCGCUCAUUGCUUCAGGAAGCAAGGAUCAGACUGUACGGCUCUGGGAGGCGAACUCGGCUGGGUUUGAUCUCGACGUAGACGGCGCCUUCGACUCCAAGCCAAGUGUAGCCUAUUCCCCUGAUGGACGGUUUCUCAUCUCUGGCAGUCGUGCUGGAGCCAUACAGCAACAUGACACGGAGAGUGGCGAGAUUGGUCUUGUUAUUCGCCGCCAAGAGGUCCGAGCUAAUUCUAUCGCUUAUUCGUGGGGUCAGAUUGCCAUGGGUGGUUCAGGAGGCGAUGUCACGUUGUGGAGCGCUUACACCGGCGCCCUUGAGCACACUCUUGGCGGCCAUACUGAGGAUGUGAGAGCAGUUGCGUUCUCACCUUGCGGCCGAUGGAUUGCUUCCAGUGAUGACCUGACGGUGCGACUUUGGGAUCCCCGAUCAGGCACGUCUAUCCAGGUCUUCUCCUGUGGCCGCGUCGAUUUUCGAUCUUUGUCGUUUUCGUCCAGCGGUGCUGAGGUUGCACUUGGAGGCAAUUUUGGAACAAUGCAAGUCUGGGAUGUGGCGACUGGGAAGUGCAAAAAGUUAUGGGUGGAGGCGUCUUUCAGCUUUGUGAGGUAUUUACCAUGGAGUCUUCAGGCUGUUUCCUGUCACGGUGGAAAAGGUGUUUGUCUGUGGGAUGAAGACGGCCGAGAUUACCGAGUCAUUUUGCAGCACAGUCAUAUUGCCUUCCAACACUUUGCAUUCUCGAGUUGCGGUCAAUGGAUAGCAAGUGUUGAAGAUGAUACGGUUCACCUGUGGAGAAGCCCUCUGGAGGUGAGGACACAGAACUGGGAUUAUGUGCUGGCCGUCGAGGGUUGCUUAGGGAAGAUUAAGGAGAUUGUCUGGAGGCCUUACAAGUUGGAAUUUGCCACCGCCGAUAUGUAUGGGUCCACUCGUGCUUGGAAGGUCGUGGAAGAGUCCGGCAGAGUGCUAGUCCGAUUAGUGUGGGGUACUGGAGGAGGAGGUGGCCUUGCUGUCUCGGGAUCGCUCUUUGACGAUGCCAUUGGUCUUAACACGAUCAACCGGAACUUGCUAAAGCAGCGCGGCGCUAUUCUCACAAAAAGCCUGUAG